AUGCAACAAGCUGCUAAAAAUUAUCUUCUUGAAAAGGGCAAAGAAAUACUUGAGGAAGAGUACUAUUUGAAUAUGGAAACUGAACGACUUGUUUGUGCAUCAGAAAGCAACAACAUGGACAAUGUUUCUGAGAAGCUACCAACAGAGGACCUCCCAGACUCCACAGGUAACAUAGAGCCUUCUGACCCAACGCUGUGGUCCAGAGGCAGUCGGACAUCUCCUCAGAGGCACACUGAGAACCAGGGGAAUCUUCUCCAUUUUGACAGACAAGCUCUGGGCCGAAUUUCCACUUCUCCCACUUUGAGGAGAUUAAGAGGAAGUGGAUGUGGGACCUUGAACUCAACAUCUCAGCAGGACAGCUGGGGAAGCUGGAAGGAGCCUGCAAGAUCAGCGUGUCAUCUUUCCAAGAGUCCUCCUGGAAGUCUCAAGGCCUCGUCCUCCUCCCCAUCACCCUUGAGACUUGGAGAUCUGAGACUGCCUUCUGAUGCAGAAACAGCCUUCAACACAGCUGGGUCAGUAGAGCUUCACAUCAGUCCUUCUGUUCAGCAAAUCCCUCCCAUGCUUCAGUCCAUCAAUGAAGGAUCCCUUCACCAGGCUUCCCCUCCAUCCAGCCUCACUUCACCACAGCCAAGUCCUCAGGUAACAUUAAUACAGCACCAUGGAAAGCAAAAUGGUUCUUAG